AAGCGUUCCAGCUCCGUUGCCAUGUAAAAUAGAACGCAGUCGAAGAAAAACGAACAAUAAUUAAAAUAUUUAAGUAUUUAAUCAAGUGUAUAUCAAUUGUGCAUAACGACACAAUAUACUAAAUAACGCGAUGUGCUUUAAAUAGUUAAUCAAGAAACCCCAGCUAGGAGUUGGUGAAUCACUGCCGCUGCAAGUGCUAUUUUGGUGUGGCCUUUUUAAUCGAUUCCCGUUUGGCCUGCGCCAAAAGAAAACAAAGCAAAAUAUUUGUUCAGCGCACAAGGGCAAAACAACAUACUAAGCUUAUAAGAGCGACUGGAACGGGUACGGAUCGCACGCAAGGAUCAAACUUAGUUAGUGUUCCUUGACAAUGCCCAACACAAUUAACUACAAUGCACAGUGCUUUAUUUACACUUUCCAGCUGCACAUUAAUCAGACCGACGCGAACCAUAGCUAAAAAACAGCAGCAACAAAAUACAAAUGACCAAAACUCGACGUCGGAGCAACGGAAAAGCAAUAAUUAAACGUAUUUAAUAGCAACUAAAACAACAUCAACAACAACCAUCACUGGGUACUUCCAAUAAUUGUAGCCAAAAUUCUACGAAUUCAGGAUUAUAGAUACAUUUACACUCACUGCUUGCCCAUCCUGCUGGCCAUGUACUCGGAACCCAUCGAUACCGAUGAGCUGGACGCCAUUGUCGAUGUGGUUGGGCUGCGCUCCCAGGCGCGGCUCAACACGUUCCGCGAGAUGUGGUACCAUGUCUUUCUGUGGGCCUUCUUCUCAUCGAUAUUUAUACACACCUGCGCCGCCUUGGUGGCAUUUGUGACGCUGCGCCGGCACAAGUUUGGACGCUUCUUCUCCAUACUGAUACUGGUGAUGGGAUUUGUAUCGCCCGCGAGCAGCGGCAUCAUCAGCAGCGCUGUGAUCGCAUUUGUCCAUCGCGCUUCCAGCCUGCCCAUGUCGCCGAUCUAUGCUCUCUUCUGGGGCGUCGGACAGACCAUCUUCUCGGCCUGCCUGGGCUUCUUUCGCAUUCUGGCCACGCUGUAGAAAGAUGCGACGAACUGACUUUCACAUUGGCACCCAAACCCAUCUCUUUAUUUAUGUAAAAAUCCUCUGUCAAAUACGUAGCUCUCAUUUGUAUAUGAUAGGUACACAUAUGUUUUUCGAGCGCAUUCAAGUUGGAAAGUUCAACCUAAUAUGCCUAGUUUAUUUUGAAUUAAUAUCGUAUAGAAUUUUUAUUAAUUUAGAAAAUCGAAAAUCCGUAAUUUUAAAUAGUAUUUUCUACGCGCCAAAUCGAAAUAUCUAUCAACAAAUUGUUCAGGUGUAGAACUUAAACUAAUUAAACAAUUAUGUACAUUUUUAAGAGACACGCGUAUAAAAAUAUUGUGAUUUUUAA